GAACCUGGUAUGUAAUGUUGAUGGGAUAUCCUGGUCGUUGAUGACUUCACUGAAAAUAGCAGCUCUGCCGUGGGAACACUUGUCACGAUGGAAGUUACUUGUACAGGGGGCGGUUUUAUCAGAAGAUGUUGAAAAACAUGCUCACCAGAUGGCAUCACAGUUGAUUGAAUCUGCUUUAAUGAAAUCAAAAACACAUCUACAGUUUGUGGAAAAGCAACCCUGCUCAACUUACUUCAGUCUACUAAAAAUUCUCUGUGUGGAUGAUGUGAUGAUUCUAGAAAGAUCUUUAUCAUAUCUUGAAGAAUGUAAACAGAGCAGUGAUGCAGCAGUGUUGUGA